GAGUGCGGGGGAGGGCAUGGCCGGGGAAAGGCCAUAUGUGAACGCAACCACGUAAGUCACAGCUGAACGGUUUCACUUUCUUUUUCCUCCUCUUUGAAGGACCUGGAAAGAGUUCUCUCUGAACGUCCGGUCCGAGAGGCUCAGAGGUGGUACAAUCCUUGGCUCAGGGCACCUUCAGGGCUGUGUAGGGGAUGGCAGGAGGGGACAAUGGAUCCAGUAGCAGGGCAAGCUCAGAGUACCUGAGCGAAGAGGAGUCACCUGACUAUGGGCUCAUCUUCAAGUACUUUAGAGAAAAUAAGGUGGAAAUCGCGAGUGCCAUCACAAAGCCCUUUCCUUUCCUUAUGAGCCUCCGAGACCGCGGCUACAUCUCUGAGCAGAAGUUCCGGAAUUAUCAGCAAAGUUGUGAAAACCAGAUCCCACCGGAAAUAGUGUAUGACAUCCUCAGUGACCUACAGAACAAGUUUAGCCUGCAGCUUAUGAAAGUGAUAUUCAGCCCGACGCAUCUGAAGGCCUACCCAGAUUUAAAGGAGACUCUAAAAAACUGCCCAAAUGUGUCCAGCAACCACAGGACUCCUCAGAGGACAAAUGGAAGAGAUGCUGAUGAGAGGCCCAGACUGCCAGCACUUGUCGCAGAAGCAUCCUGUAGUCCUGGAAGUUCCCAAAUGAAUGAUGAACAGGCAGGGGAGGUACCUAGCUUCCCACAAUGCAUCGGAGAGGGAAGUAGAUCUUGUGAACAAAUGUUUGAUGGACAAGAGCCCCAGGAUAACAGACCCUCAUCAGCACCAAGACCUGAAGCAGGAGCAGAGCGAUCCACAAGUGAAAAUGAGAUGUGUUCCUGUGUCAUGUGUCCCUCAGCAUCCUUGCAAGUGGACCCAGAAGCAAGGAUGGAAAGCAGCCAAUCAGAUACCAUAGAGACUGGGAACAACCCUACUGUAGAAAAAUCCAAGGGGAAGAGAGGAAAAAAGAAAGGUCACAACUUGUCAAGAGUAAAACAGAGAAGGCCACAAACUGUACGGCCAAAAAAUGGUGGCAGAGUUGGUCGCCAGGCUGUCAGGAGAAAGAAAACGGAAAAGAAUCCAGGCCGUUCUGCCAAGACCAGGGUUCCGAAAAGGUGCAGAAAUAAAAAUGCGUGUUUCAAUGCUGAACUGCUUCCUGUGACUUGUGGUGAGGUGAAGGGAACAUUACACAAGGAUAAAUUCAAGCAAGGGAUCUUCGUGAAGUCCAUACAGAGUGAAACUGGGGGCUGGUACACACCCACUGAGUUUGAAAACUUGGGAGGCCAUGGACGGUCAAAGAACUGGAAAUUGAGUUUGCGCUGCUGCAAGCGGCCCCUGAAAUUCCUGAUCCAGAGAAAAUUUCUCCCCAAUUUUCCACAAACUUAUGGCAAGAGAAAAAAGAGAAUACAGGAUUCGUCCAGUGCCCCAGCUAACGCUCAUGCUUCCAGAAGAGGGUUUGGACCAGAUUAAAGGUGUAUCUUCCUGCCUCAAAGUCUGGAUUAAAGGUGUGUGUCAUUCCACCUCAAGAUCUGGAUUUAAGACAUUCUGUCUUCCUGCCACAAUAUCUGGAUCAAUCAGAGAUGUGCCUCCAUUUCUGAAUUGUUGUUCAUUCCAGAUACAGUCAACUUGACAACCAAUAAUAGCCACCAUAAUCCACCUCUUGUCAAUCAUAUAUCCUUGUGUCAUGAUUAAUUUCAAAAUAAAAACAAGAACC